AUGACAUUGAAGAAUAGGAAGGACAUGGAGCUCACACUCACACUCACACUCACACUCCCUGGCGACUUGAUCGAAGAAAUUCUGUUAAGGUUGCCGGUGAAAUCUCUUUUGCGUUUUAAAUGUGUGUGUAAAUCAUGGCUCGCUCUCAUCUCCAAUCCCCAAUUUGCAAAAUCACAUUAUGACAUUGCUGCUGCACCCACCCACAGACUUCUUGUUAAGCCAUAUCAUGCUGGUUAUUCAGAUUUCAUAGGAAUAGAGGCACCACUUCACUGUGAUUCUGCUCUUGCAUGCCUCACUCUUCCACAGUCAUCAUUAAUUCCUUCGGUUGGUUAUCUUCGAAUAUUGGGUUCUUGCCGAGGGUUUAUAAUUUUAAAGUGUGUUGAGAAUGAUGAUCUCAUUUUAUGGAAUCCAUCAACGGGUGCCCGAAAAACAAUAUCAUGCUCCGCGCGUCGCAUAUGUUUAUAUGGUUUUGGAUAUGACCCAUCAACUGAUGACUACUUGUUAGUUAUUGCUACGAAAUCUUCCAAUAUUUUUAAAACUCAAAUGGAGUUUUUCUCCUUGAAAACCAAUUCAUGGAACAAAGUUAAGGGUAUUAAUUUUCCAUGUACAGAUAUUGGGGAUGCUGGGGAUAUUGGUGUAAGAUUCAGAUCUGGGUUACUCUUGAAUGGGGCUUUUCAUUGGUUGGCUGCACCUAAAGAUAUUUUAAAGGAUGGCGUGAUUAUUGCUUUUGAUUUGAUAAAAAGGAGUUUAUCAGAGAUUCCUUUGCCACGUGAUUUUACUGGCUAUGGACAUACAUCGAUAUUUGAAUUUUGUCAUCUCAUGGUAAUCGGAGGAUGUCUCGGUCUGGGUUGCUCACGUGGUGUUUGCUGGGUGAUGAAAGAAUACAAAGUGCAAUUAUCUUGGACCAAGUCCAUUGUUUCAUCUAAUCGCUCCUUUCCUUGCUACUCUACUUUCCCGAUAUGCUUAAGAAUAAUAGGUUGUGGAAUUAUUGGAUCAAAUGAUAUUGGAAAAUUAUUGAAACUUGAUGACAAAGGAGAGUUGCUUGAGAAUUCCAGAUAUAUUAUGCGGUGGUUUGGCAAAGGAAGUAAAUUACAGUCUGCUAUUUAUACGGAGAGUCUACAAUCAUUCCCUAGUGACUUUGGGGAAGCGAGGAAAGAUGACCAACAGUAA